AUGCCGGAAGAGUCUUGGGAAGAAAACCUGCAGCUCCUGGGGCUAGACUGGCCAUCUCUGGCUUCCUGGCACCUUGGCACCUUGAAGGGCCCAGAAGCGGAGCCUAGCCUUACAGUCAACUCGGCCUCCAGCACUGGCCACGGACAGGUGAUGGUGGCCUUGCAGCUAAUAAUCCUGCAGGGGGCGCUGUGGGGAACAGCCUGGCGACUGGGCAAGCGCAGUAGGAAGCCGGGCAGGGGGCGUGGCCUCCUGAACCCGGAAGUGGAGUCCUGGGCUGGCUGGAUUGCAGUCCGUGUCCCCGGCAAUGGUUCUGGGGCAAUCCGACGGAAUCGAGAGUCCCGUUCACCGCUACUGAGUUCCCGGCGCCUGGGGACGCCGCUAGGGGCUCCGACCACGGCGCUGCUCGGGGCGCUGCGGGGCAAGGCCUGGCGAUGCUCAGGCCACCCGCUCACGCGUGCUUCGGCGCAAUGGGCGCGUCGUGGCCCGCGGCCCGGCGGAGAGGAGCUGAGCCGCCUGCUCCUGGAUGACCUGGCGCCGGCCACGCUGGGCCCCGGGGGCCGGGAGCUGCUGUACGGCCUGUCCCCGUGCCUCCUGGCGCUGCGGGCCGCCCGCCGUCGCGUGGCCCGGCUCCUGCUGCAGGCCGGCAAGGCCGGCUGCAGGGGGAGGCGGGCCGAGCAGCUGCGGGGAGGCGAGGCGCAGAAUAUACCGGUUCUGGCGCCCAGAAAGCAGAAGCUGGGCCUGUGUCGCCACCAGGUCCACCAGGGCGUGUGCAUGGAAGUGGACCCGCUGCGGCCCAAGCCUGGACAGAGCCGAGGACGGAAGACCUGAUGGCGACGGGCCCCCAGGCAACUGUGGCUCGUCCUCGAGGGAAACCAGGAUCCCCGAACUGGGGCCGUGAUACGCUCAGCUCACUUCCUCGGUGCCGAUAAGAUUAUCACCAGCCAGAGGAACAGCUGCCCGCUUACUCCUUGGGUCAGCAAGGCCAGCGCAGGGGCCAUGGAGUGUUCCUCCAGAGCACCUCAGGAAGAUUUGACGAUCUCUUUCUUCUUUCAGGCCAAAGCACGGCAGGGCUGGCUUGUGGCUGGCACAGUGGGCAGCUCCCCCGAUACUCCCACCACCCCAACAUCCCCCAUCAUCAGUUGCCUCGAGUUUCUGUGGGAGCCUGGUGCGACCCUCCUCGUGCUGGGGAACGAGGGUUUGGGCCUGUCCUGGGAGGCGCAGACUUCCUGCCACCUGCUUCUUACCAUCCUGCCCGGAUGCCAGCUACACCCUGGACUUGAGUCCCUGAACGUCUCUGUUGCUGCUGGAAUUCUGCUUCACUCUAUCUGCAGCCAGAGAAAGGGUCAGAGAGGGAGACCUCCCCAGGACUCCCAAGAACUCGCAGUUGCUCAGAAGGACCCAGAGUAGCCCAGCUCCCUGAACUACCUUCUGGAUAUGAAAAAAGACAGGAACAGGUGGGGUGGCU